AUGGAGUGUCCGGAGGAAUACAAGAAGAAGAUUGCUGUGUACUAUUUAGAAGGGGACGCAACAGGAUGGUGGGACAGCAUAGAUAGGCAGCGUGGUCAUACCAUCAUAACAUGGCCAUCUUUCAAGAGAGAGUUUGAGAAGAAGUACUUUCCUCCAGAAGCGAAGCAUCGGUUGGAGCGCAAGUUCAUGAAUUUAGUCCAGGGAGAUAGGUCCGUAAGGGAUUACGAUUCUGAAUUCACCAGGUUGAGGCGACAUGUUUUUGAUGGGGGUGAAGAUGAAGGAACUAUGAUCUGUAACUUCAUGUACUGGUUAAAACCAGAGCUUGGAAGUCGACUAGCUGGAAGUAAUUUCUAUAGCUUAUCUGAUAUGGUGGAAAAGGCCGUUAAUGUUGAGACUGUAGUUGAGGCUGAACGGAAGGCUACACAUAAUUUUGGAGAACACACCAUGCCCAACCAAGGAGAGAAGCAGAAUUACAAUAAGGGUCAAAAUUUUAACGAACGAAGAGAGGAAGCAUUUGGAGGCCAAUCAUGUUACAAGGGUAACUCGGGAAUAUGUUUCUCAUGUGGACAGCAGGGACACAUUUCAAGAAAUUGUCCCAGCCAACGACAAAGCAGCCAGCAAGGUUUUUCAUCAUCGGGAAGGAAAAAUGUCAUUUGUUUCACCUGCGGUAAGAAGGGCCAUUUUGCUACAGAAUGUUCAGUGAACAAACCAAACCCUCUGACCCCUCUUGCGAUUGGAUCUCAUCCAAGCCGUCCAGCAAUUGAGCCUGCACCAAAGAGGCGAAACCUAGGAGGUAGGGUUUAUGCCUUAGAAAUAGAAAACCCUGAUAAUGCAGGACCGUCUAAGGGUCCCAAUGCAGUUAUUGUGGGUGCUUAA